GGUACCCAAUUUCCUUCCCCUUCCCACCGAGUGUGAUCCAUUCCAUGUCUUCCUCGAACGCUGCGGACGAGAGCGAGCUUCAGCCUGCGACGGCGGCCGAGAUUGCCGCGGACAAGACGAUCAACGAAGAGUUCAAGCUCUGGAAGCGCACGGUGCCCUUCCUGUACUCGCUGAUGGUGUCGUCUGCGCUAGACUGGCCAUCGCUGACUGUGCAGUGGCUGCCGGACGUCGACCGCACGGCGGACAACGCGUACUCGACGCAUCGCCUGCUCUUUGGCACGCACACGGAGGGCGAGCCAAACCACCUCGUCGUGGUCAAGGUCAAGAUCCCCACCGACGACACGCCAAUCAAUGCGCGCACGUACAACGAGAGCCGCGGAGAGUACGGCGGCUACAACGGCGACAAGCUCACGCUGAGCGAGCGCGUCAAAAUCCCGCACGAAGGCGACGUCAAUCGCGCGCGCUACAUGCCCCAGGCGCCAUCAAUGAUUGCCACCAAGUCGCCCUCCCCCGACGUGUUUCUGUUUGACCACGACAAGUACUACUCCGAGUUGCGGAAUGACGCCAAGCAGCUCAACGAGAAGAUUGAGCCCAUCCGCCUGAAAGGUCACACCAAGGAGGGCUACGGCUUGUCGUGGAACCCCAACCUCGCCGGCCACUUGCUCUCGGCCUCGUACGACCACACCAUCUGUCUCUGGGAUAUCCAAGGCGCCAGCAGGGAGGCCAAGUCCAUUGAUGCAAAGCAAAUCUACACGGGUCACAGCAAUAUCGUGGAGGACGUGGCAUGGCAUCCACUGCACAGUGCCUUGUUUGCAUCAGGCGGCGAUGAUCGCAAAGUCAUGAUCUGGGACACUCGAGCGCGAACAACGCACCAAGCUUCCCAUGUUGUGGACGCACACUCUGCCGAGGUCAACUGUGUUGCUUUCAACCCAUAUAGCGAGUUUACCCUGGCGUCGGGCUCCUCGGACAAGACUGUUGCCUUGUGGGAUUUGCGCAACCUCAAAGUCAAACUCCACACUUUUGAAUCGCACACGGACGAGGUCUUCCAGAUUCAGUGGUCGCCACACCACGAGACAAUCCUGGGAUCGAGUGGCGCCGACCGCCGCCUGCACGUCUGGGACUUGUCCCAAAUCGGCGAGGAGCAAUCGGCGGAGGACGCCGAGGAUGGCCCACCGGAGCUUUUGUUUAUUCAUGGCGGACACACAUCUCGAAUUUCCGACUUUUGCUGGAACCCCAACGAACCGUGGGUGUGUUGCAGUGUCGACGACGACAACAUGUUGCAACUGUGGCAAAUGGCCGAGAACAUUUAUGCAGAUGCCGAUCCGGACGUACCACACAACGAGCUGGAAUAAUGGCACCGUUGUUGUUUGUACUUGGCGACGUGGCGAUUUCGUCCUAUUUUCUUGUUAUACGCAAAAAAUACACGGUCCUUGAACAAGCCUCGUCCUUGAGCAAGCCUCGUCCUUGAA